ACCGGCAAGAAAAACGAAAAACAGCCAUCGCAUUGAAAAUCCUUCAAAAAGUCCGUGAAUAUUUCGUCGCCUUGACAUCCAAAACCUUGAAAUUGUGCGGCUGAGUGCUAAUUAUUCGCUUGCAGUUACUUUCGCGUGUGUUUUGAUUAAGCAGGGUCCUCGUUAUCCUGCUUAAUUCGUAUCGCUCGACAUGCACAGGACCAAGACCGACGUUGACCGCCAUGUGCAGGAGCUGUUUCGCAAAAUUAAAUCAGCCCAUGAGCGGCACUUGAAAUGUUACAACAUUGCCAAACUUUAUUACAAAGUCGGAGCUUAUGGUGCUGCAAAACGCCAUGCUCUCAUGUACUUAUCAGUCCAAGAAAAUAACGACAACGCCCAUCAGUUACUGGGUGACUGCCAUGAAAAGCUCGGUGAGAUCGAUAGAGCUAUCGCUGAAUACAAACGGUCUCUGGAACUCGAUCCAAACCAGCCAGGACUUAUUCUUAAAAUGUGCGACUUGAUGAGUCAACUUAGUUUAUCAAAUUUGAAUGUUGGAAGAGCUCGCUACUGGUGUGAAAAAGGUGCUGAGCAUUUUCCGAACAAUCCGAUCAUCUCUAGACUCAGACAAAAGAUUAUUAUUACUGAAGACACGGAUCCUAAAGCCCUAGAAAAUUUCUAUUUAUCCGAGAGCAGAAAUCGACCUAAUGAUGUGAAUGUGCUCAUCCAGUUACUGAAUUUAUAUUUGGACUCUGGCCGUUCUCUUGAAGCCUACAAUAAAGCAAUGGAAUAUGAAGAUAAGCAAGCUUUUAGACUUAAUCUGGAGUGGUAUAGGUGUUUAUCCAGGAUCUGUAUGGCUUGCCGAGAAGAUGCUCAGUCCCGGUUAUCUGAACCUAUGCUUAAGAAUAUGAUUGAAAUCUACGACCGCUGUCUCAUGGCGUUGCAUCCUGCUGCUAAUGUUCCUUUUGAUGAGUCAAUCUCCAACCUGUAUCUCCUUGACCAAACGUUGAAUGCUGCCAAUGAAACUUUAGUUACUAACGAUCAGUUUGAUAGAGAAUUUAUGGCUCACUAUAGCGCUCAGCUCAGUUUCCACAUUGCUCUUGUUCUGUUGAAGCGAGCCUCUCAGGAGAGUUUAUCGUGGACUGACGCCGUCCGUUGUGCCUCACCUGCUCUCCUGUUCGCCCUGGCCUCCCCUCCAGAUCUAGAUCUUCCGAUCACUCAGGAUCCCAAACAGAAAAGGAAACUUAAACACAUGGUCGACAAAGCCAACUACAGGAUCGUCCAAGUCACGCUCACUUUACUCAACUGGGCAAAAGGUUUCAGACAAGAGGAUUUCAUUGGGAAAAUUUUACACUAUUAUUCUAAGAACUUCCGAGAGCACAUCUUCAACCGAGUAUUCCUAAAGCAAACUCAACGGAAAGAUGCAGGAACAUCGUAUUGGCAGAACUCAAACGCCUAUCUUAAGUUGCCGACAUCAAUACCUGAUCUCACCCGAAUCCUAACGAAACCAAUAUUGUUAUCUUUCGAGAAUCAUAAUCGUGACUCAUUACACAACAUGAUUUGGUUAGGAUUGCAGAUAGUUCUCCUUAGCACCUCGCCCAAGUCAAAACUCAUUCUUCCUCCACAAUUCAGUUGUCAAACCUUGACCAAGUUCCCCUUUUCGCACCCUAAUCUAUCCACCUCCAACAUCGAAACCCUGAGUAAACUCGAUGUAGACACGUUUUUGUACAUAGCUGUGUUGUCUAAUUACCUGCUGAUAGAGGAUCAGAUCUCAUCUGGCUCUUACACCAAGGACCGUCCCAACACCCUCCCAGCAGAUAUUACAAAUUCUCUGCAAAGCGAGGAACAGGCUAAAUUCUGGACAGCAAUAUGUAAACUGCAAUCUAAUAAUUUAAACGAUAAUUUCAACGAUCUGAGGUCGGUCCUCGUCCAAGGCAUUGAAGUCGUCCGUUUGAUGGGCAAUCAUGGACUAGACGUCCAAAUGGUUGUGUCUAUUGCUAGGAUAUUUGAGAGCCACUCAAAAUGCACUGCUAAAGAGAACGCUGUGCCCUACGAAAGCAGAGCAUUAUUGUAUUGGAAUAAGGCUGUGAAAAUGUUGGAGAGUGCUGAGAGACGACCGAUGAUGACUCCAUCCAAGAAUAGAAAUAGAUUCUUCAAUUAUCCAACCGUCAACUAUCCAACCUCUCUCAGUGCUACAGAAGUGUCUAACUUGCUGGAGGAAGGACGGCUUUUCAUUGCAUGCGAUCUGAUGAGAAAAGAAGAAUAUGAUAAGGCAAUCAGUGCUUUCAAGCCUCUGCGUAGCCCGUUUGCAUCUUUUAACCAAGCUCUGAUUUUCAAGAAACUUGCUUUUAAUGAAAUUAACUGUUCUGUUAGCGAAGAGGUCACUUCAGCAAUGAGAUCGAAGCAUAUAAUUUUGCUGACAAAGGCGAGAGAUGCUCUUUUUCUCACUCGUGACAAAAUUCAGUCUGAUUAUGAUCACCCACUGCAUGCUGCGCUAAAAUUAGAGUUAGAUAGCAUUGAGUCUCAACUGGCGCGUUUGGACACAGAAUCUGUGACAACUCAAUCUGAUGACUAUGACCGAGCGCCAUCACUAUCAUCCGUCGAAUCAGCUGCUGGGGAUAGUUUACCUCCAACUCAUUCAACUCUUUAUGAGUCUGCGCAGCUAUCCAAUUCCAUCGGGGCACCUCUUACUCCUACUUCCUACGAUGCUAUCCGCCAAUACGGAGUAGACCGCUCAACUCUGAAUGACUCAUACGUCUCAACAAUUGAGAGGAACGAGUUCAAGCAACUCACAAAAAUCCAUUCUAAAACUCUGUCCUUGGUUGAAAGCUUAUGCAAGCGGAUAGAAAAGAUAGAAACUGACAUUAGCACCAUCAAGAAAACUUCCAAGAAAAAUGACCGCAAUGUUGAAGAAAUCCUGGCAAAAAUCUACCUGAAGCCUAAUACUUCUACAACAAAUGAUGACACAUACUUUCCACAAGAAGAAUUAGAUGAUUAUGUGGACGAUUUAAGCUACUCUUACGCUAAUUAUAGGAGUCCAGUGCCGUCAGCAUAUGGAAUGCAGAUGGCCCAACAUCAGAGUAUGUACCAGCCGAAAUUACCACCGACUAAUUUCCCUGCUCAACCAAUGCCUCCACUUCUAACUUCGCCUUACUUCCCAGCAGGACUACCGCCAAACUCUCUGUUCCCCAAUCCAACAGCCCAGCCAAUUACUGCUCAACAAUUGACUCAGCCUUUAGCCGCCCAGCCCCUGGCUGGACAGCCUCUGGCCGCUCCAACGAUUCCUCCUUUCUUCCCUCAAUCAACUGCAUUGCCUUUUAGCGAAGGGCAAAAAUUACCGGACUUCAUGAAUACCCCAAAAAUGCCCCUCAGCAUGGGCGCGCAGAACCUUCCACCAGAGGCACCAGUGAUUCCUGACUAUGUUCCUCCAGUUUCUAAGAAUGCUCUGCCCAACAAUGUGGUCAUAACAAAGUCUGAUACUUUGCCCACUGGCUCUCCUCCUAUACAGCCUACUCUGAGUGUGACGAUACCACCACAGCAUUUGAAUUCUGGUCGCCCUAAGCAGGUACCGCCAGCACAUAGUUUUCAUAUUGCCCUACCGUCAGCUGAAAGCACUUCCCCCAAACCUGCUGCGCCAGCUCAACCAACCGUAACUAAAGAUCAAGCUUUGAGUGGCUCAAAAAUCAAUGUUGGUGGACUAACAUUCUCAUCCCAACCAAUAAUCAAGCCUGUAGAAGCAGAGGAAAAACAGUCUGAAGUAGUCUCGUCUGCACCAGCAACGCCACCUAACCCAUUCGCUCACUUGACAUUCAAGUCUACUGUCGCACCCACGACGCCUGAUCUCACCCAAAUGUUCAGCAAGGCGAAUAUUUUCGGCCCUGCUGCUGUUUCUACUGCGGCUGCACCAACAUCGAGUUCUGUGUCUGUCACAGCUCCGUUUAGCUUCUCUACACCCUCUGCAAAAUCUGACAGUCCGCUGAAAUCCAUCUUGAAAGAUUCACCAGUGAGUCAGACCACAGACCCUCAGAAACACGUUGCGUUUAAAGCUAGUGGAGAAAAUGAUACUCCUCUUUUCGGGAAAACAUCUCUAGAUUUCAGUGCUCUUGCUGCCAAGAGCGCCGACUCGCCUUUCAAAGUAUCGGACUCUUUCAAAGGAUUCGACGGUCAAGGGUCGAAACUUUUCGAGUCCGUCAACUCUCCCAGCGAUAAAUCCCCAAACACUACUGUUGACAAUGCAGAAGACUUUGUGCCGACGGCUGAAUUUAAGCCAGUUAUUGCUCUGCCAGACUUAGUUGAGGUGAAAACAGGUGAAGAAGAUUUAAAGGUUCUCUACGAAGAGCGGUGCAAGCUGCUGCGGUUUGACUCGGAGCUGAAAGAAUGGAAGGAACGGGGCAUCGGUAAGAUGAAGCUUCUCCAUGACCCAGUCACCAAUCAUGUUCGACUGCUCAUGAGGCGAGAGCAAGUUCUGAAAGUAUGUUGCAAUCAACGACUUACUGACAGCCUGAAACUGACACCUGUGGCCUCCUCGGAUAAGGCUUGGAACUGGUGCGGUCAUGAUUUCUCUGAGCAGGAAGGGAAGUUGGAAACCUUUGCUGUACGCUUCAAAAACUCAGAGUUGGCAAAAGAAUUUUACGAUGCUGUUGAGAAAGCUAAAGCGCUAGUUGUGGAUCAGAGUGGAAACACACCUCCUAAAGCAGCUGCCAACAAGGCUGCUCCAGGCAAUACAAAGAGCAAGAAAGACGUUCCUCUGUCUGAGCUGUUCAAACCAAAAGCUGGCUCAUGGGAGUGCAAAGACUGUUACACUCGCAAUGAGUCUGACAAGGUAGCCUGCGUUGCGUGUAAUGCCAGAAAUCCAGAUGCGCCUGAAGGAGCAGUUCCUGUCGUCACUUCACCCUUCAGCCUGGGCCUUCCAUCGGUCGUCAGCGUGACGUCUGCCUCAGGUGGAUUCACUUUCGGCAUCCCUCCAAACGCAACUACAACAGCCUCUGCACCAUCUACCACUGUCUCCGCCCCAGCACCAGUGACCAGUGGCUUCACUUUCGGCACACCAAAACCAUUUUCUUUUGCACCUGCAAGCACCCCAGCGGCCAGUACGCCUGCUUCUUUCUCCUUUGGUAUUAAUGGGACAAGCAAACAGGAAACGUUCGGUGACAAAGGGAAGUCGCAGAAUGGUUUGGAUCUUACCAAAGGGAAACAAGAAAUCGACCACUCGAAAACAAAUGGUGGUGGCUUUGAUUUCAAUGCUGCAAGCACACCUAGUGGUUUUGAAUUUGGUUCUGGAAAUGCCAAGGGAUUCUCUUUCACUUUGAAACAAAAUAAGUCUCCACGAUCUCCAGGCACGCGAAACUCGGAAAGCGAGCCAGAAUACGAUGAAGUCUCAGAAGCUGAUGACUCAGCCGACAAUAUCUACUUCCAACCUGUCAUACCAUUACCGGACAAAAUCAUCCCAAAGACAGGUGAAGAAGAUGAAAUUGUACUAUAUCAACAUCUUGCGAAAUUGUACCGGUAUCGAGACAGUGAAUGGAAAGAAAGAGGAACUGGUGAUAUCAAACUUCUUAAGCAUAGGACCACAGGCAGAUUAAGGUUCGUUAUGCGUCGCAAGCCUGUUGAAGUCCUUUGCCUGAACCACUUCUUGACUCCUGAUAUUGAAAUCAAGCCAAAGGACAGGAAGAGCUGGACAUGGACGGCUCAAGAUUUCUCUGAUUACAACGAAUUUGAUCGCAGCGCCAACAUCGGACUCAAGCCUGAGGUUUUUAGUAUCCGAUUCAAAAAUGAACAGAUCGCAGAAGAAUUCAAGGCCGCUGUUGACAAAGCCCUGAAAGAUGUAGCUUCUGGUGACUCAAGUGCUGAAGACAAAUCUUCUAGUGAUGACUAUUGUGAAAUUGUUUGGGAAUCAAGAGGAAUCGACGCCACUGAAGUAUCCGAGAAGGAUAAAAAACUAGCUAAAGAUUUACAGCUGCCGGCCAGUUUUUAUAAAUAUAAAACUGCUCCGCCUUGUCCGGGCUGCAUCGGUUGUGAUAAAGACGAUUCUGAAGAAAGCUAUUCCCCAUCACAAAACGACUCAGCAAAGAAAUCGGGUGGCACCUCAAUUUUUGGUAAACCAACCCUAACACCCACGAAUACAUCUCAAACGGUUGACUUUAGUGUAAAUAGUUAUGAUUCACCAUCGUCAAAUCCUGGAUCACUAUUCAGCGAAUCUUCAUUCACUGACACCAACAGAACUACCCCUGUGAGUUCAUCGAUUUUCGGAGGCACUGGCGCAGGUGGACUAAAACCUUCCUCUCUUUUUGGUGGUGAUCCCAAAACUCCACCAUCAGAUGAUGCGCCUGUUUCAAUUUUCGGAGGAUCGGGGCAGAAAUCGAUUUUUGGAGGCCUGGGGCAGGGUCAGCCUGUCUUUGGUUCGUCUGCUCAACCGCUCUUUGGCUCAUCAAGCAAUCAGUCCUCUAAAGGCUCCGUUUUCGGUUCAGCAAACCAGAGCCCCCUUUUCGGAACGCCGACUACUCAGAGUUCGCUAUUUGGAGGCUCAACUGAUCAGUCAAAGUCCUCUGUUUUCAGUACAACUGGUUCUGUCUUCGGUGGACCGCAGAACAGUCCCUCUGGUUCUAUCUUUGGUGGAACUCAGAGUAAUACGUCUGGCUCUAUCUUUGGUGGAUCUCAGAACAAUUCAUCCGGUUCUAUCUUUGGUGGAACUCAGAGUAAUACUUCUGGUUCUAUCUUCGGUGGAUCUCAGAAUAGCACAUCUGGUUCUAUUUUCGGUGGAUCUCAAAGUAGUACAUCGGGCUCUAUCUUUGGCGGAUCUCAAAAUUCUGUCGUUGCUACACCUGAUAGUGAAACUAAAACCAGUGAGUCUGAUCCCAAUUUCACUCUGAAAACGUCUGGCAUUUCUUUUGCGUCUUUAGCUGCAAAUACGUCAACUUUCGCAGCUGAUAAAGGGUCAAAACCGUUUGCCUUCGAAGGAUCAGGCAGCGCAGUCUUUGGAGCUGUAUCGUCAACGACAGGUAAUGAAUCGCACAACCAAUCAGAAAAUGCUGAGAAUGAAGGAGACGACGAUCACUAUGAUGAAAAUGAACAUGACCCGCACUAUGAGCCGAUAGUUCCUUUACCUGAUAAAAUUGAGGUUCGCACGGGAGAAGAAGGAGAAGAUAAAUUGUUUGUUCAAAGAGCAAAACUUUAUCGCUAUGAAACUAGCUCAAAGCAAUGGAAAGAGCGAGGAACUGGAGAGAUGAAAGUAUUGAAGGAUCCUGUCAAUCUUACUUACCGAUUACUUCUCAGAAGAGACCAGGUGCACAAAGUUGUAUGCAAUGUCCGAAUCACCCCUAAUUUAGAAUUACUACCAAUGCAACUCUCUCCAAACGCCUUCAUGUUCUUUGCUCACAACCUUGGUGACGACUACCAAGAACCUGUUUUAGAACAACUAGCUGUGAAAUUCAAGAACGAAACAAUUCUCAACCAAUUCAAAGACACUGUAACGCAUUGUAUCACAGAAAUUGAAGAAAUUAAAAAAAACAACUCGACUCUGAAUAGCACUGUAGAAAACAGUAGUUUCAACGCAUCCACAGGUGAAGUUGAAGAAGGCGAGGUUGCUGAGGGCGAAGAAGAAGAAGGUGCUGAGGGAGAUGGAGAAGAAUACGAAGACUAUGGAGGAGAAGAAGUGGAAGACGAAGAAGCAGUGGAUGAAGAAUAUGACGAUGAGGAUGAAGUGCUGUUCAUUGGCCGAGCGGCAGUUCUGAGCCGGGCGUCAAAAAAGUCGAGUUGGGCGGAAGAAGGAGAUGGUGACAUAUGCAUCUAUAGCAACUUCCCCUACUCUUACGUCAGUCUCUCAGUCGAAGACCCUACAAAGGCAGUCGACUCGGAGAUUGUAAACACAGGUGUUGCUAUCGAGCCAGACGCAGUGGUUGAACGGAAAGGACUCGCUCUCAUGUGGACUGGCUCUACAAAUUCAAAUGCUGAAGGCAAAACCCUUGAAUACAUGACAAAAUUCCAAACCAAAGAAGCAGCAACAGAAUUUUAUACGUCCUUUGUUGAGGCUAAAGAAACAGCCAAGCAAGCAAUGGACAAACUGGCCGAAGGUUAAUCCCUGAGUAUGACUUGGAUCCUUGAUCAUCCGCUUCCUGCUUCCUAGCAAGCCUCACAGCUUCAAUUCAGUCUUCACUUUUGUAAAUGGAUGUAGAUACUCCCGUAGACUUACUCAAAAUGUAGCCUGUUAAGAAAGUUUCUCUGUUUUAUUGCCCGUAUGUAAUUAAGUUUCUUUUACUGGAAUGAAAUGUGAUUAUUUUAAUUUUUAGGUUCACCUGGUCGGGUUUGUAUAGAUAUAAAAAAGAGAAAUACUCUGUAAAGAAAAAUGUGACUUUUACUGUAAUGCAAGUGAUUUUUGUUAGGUUUUUUAUCGCCCUGAAAUCUGCCGGGGCUGCAAACGAACAGCUGGUCCAUUGACUUGAUUCAUAUAUCAAUCAAUCUUCUUUUAUCGUUUUAAAUCUGUACUGUGAUCUUUAUUUUAAACUAAGUGUAAAAAAAUUUGAGCUCUUUUUAAGGAAUUAGAGCCUAUAAUUUCGAUUUGGAAAAAACGGUGUUUAUACAGUUUCGUAGGUCUUACAAGGCUAAAUUUUUCCUUCGAGCUAUCUUAAAGAGACUUUGCAUCUUAAAGAGACUGGCUCUACAAACUUUUCUUGCAAUUUUUUUUUUAUCUGGUCCAAAAUUGGUUAAUUAUCGUCUUCUUACUUUGCCUUAUUAUCAUUGUCUUUUUCUUAAAAUCUUUUGAUCUUUGCUCUCAACUUGUCUAUUUAUUUGGUGUUGAAGAAACCUUGUUCUUUUGACUCAUAGAACCUAGAAUAUUAUUAAAAAGAGAGUAAUCAUUUAACUACUAAGCCUUUUGCACGCAAAAUUUUUCCUAUCGAAUGAUUAAAUCUCAUCAUUUGUUCCAAUCAAUUUUAUAAUAACAUUUUCAGCUUGGGCACCGUAGCUUUUUUAGUCAAAUUUUGUAUCUAAGAUAGAAAUCCCACUGACGCACUGAACAUCGAUUGAAACCUUUGAAGAACCCAAUUUUUAAAGGUCAAUAGUCUCAGUUUCUGACCAGUUGCUUACAUUAGGUUUUAUUUUUGUAAGCUUCUCUUCCGUCUUUUCUUAUCUUCGCAAAUGGACAGACUCAUACCUUUUUGUUGACAGCUAAUAGACAGAAAUUGGAUGCACCCUGUCUUAACACUGAGGGAAUUCGGCAACCAGGUCAAACCAAUUUACAAUGUAUCGAACUUUUGUGAUGGAAGUAUCUGACAAGUAUGGAUUACUUCUGAGAAAAAUUGCCCCUGUAAUUACCUUGCCGUAUAUUUUUAUCAUGUAUCGUGGUUCAUACUAGUAGAUUGGUGUUUUCAGUAGAAACAGCCUAGCUGUCAAAUUCCCUUAUUUGAAUAAGUUACUCGAAAAGAUAUUUUAGUUGAUAUAUCUUGUGUCUGAAUCUGGUCAAGUACAUUAGGGCUGAAAAUUUUUAAUUAAAUCAUAAUAAUCGUGUUUGUACAUAUUCAAUGCGACAGUCUCUUUUUUCCUGUUUUAAUUUUUAAACCGAAUUUUAAGCUAACCUGAAUCAACUCGAUCAACUCGUUUGUUAAUAUGCUCUGGGCAAGUGAAAUUUUCAAGAGCUGAAAAAUCCUGUUCAGCUAGAUUUCUUGCAACUGUACUUCAUAAAAUUGAACAAAAAAGAACUUACCGUAAUCCCAUGUCUUCUUUCUCAAUCUGCCCCUUUUAAGUUUUUACUUUCUUUAUCAGCAAUGGUUUAAACGCAGUAUUAUUGAAAAUGUAUAUCCCUUUCUGUUGGUUCUUUGUUUAUUUUUUUUAUUUUUGUUAGCUCUUGCGUUUACCUGCGGCAAGAUCAAAAUAUUCCUUGUGGCCUCUGUUUGUUAGACCUUCAUUAAUUUUUUAAAAUCUUUUUGCGGUUUCUGAUUGUUCAAGCAAUCUUUUAUCAUUAAUUUUCAUGUUCAUCGUUUGGAAUUGUUUAUAUGUUUAUAAUACCGUCAGCAAAGAUUCUUUUUUUUUUCUCAAAUUAUAUUUUUCUCUCUGGAAAAAAA